UGUCAGACAGCUGAUAAAAGGAUACAGCGCGCUGACACACUGAGGCGUUUCUUGUAAAGUGGCGAGGCGAACCCUCAUGUGUACCGCUCGCUGAAUUCGCUUCCAGAGAAGGUGCAACUACACUUCUGUGGAAACAGUUAAGAGAGGAGAACACCUGUCCGCUGUGCUCGUCGGAGUUGAGGACGCAGCAUGAGCGUGUCUAGGGGCGAGGCGCCGCUGCUCGGCGUCGUCGACUACACGGUGUUCGCGUUGAUGCUGUCGGUGAGCGCCGCCAUCGGCGUCUACUACGGAUUCUUCGCGCGCUCCUCCGGCGCAGACGACUACCUCGUGGGCGGGCGGUCCAUGAGCACUAUCCCCGUGUCCAUGUCUCUUAUUGCCAGCUUCAUCUCGGGCAUCAUGCUACUGGGCAUCGCCACCGAGAGCUACCUGUACGGCAUGCAGUACGCCUACGUGUGUCUCGGCGUCAUCCUGAGCUCCGCGAUAAACGCCUUUGCCUUCCUGCCUGUCUUCUACGACCUCGGCAUCACGUCCACGUACGAGUACUUGGACAUGAGGUUCGGCAGAAGCGCGAGACUUCUGGGUUCCUUCUUCUUCGUAACUUUUACGCUGGUGUGGAUUCCCAUAGUGAUCUACGUUCCCGCUGUCGCGUUCAACCAAGUUACCGGCAUCAACAUCCACAUCGUCUCCUGCGCAGUAUGUGUCGUGUGCAUCUUCUACACGUGCGUGGGCGGCAUCAAGGCAGUGGUGUGGACGGACGUGGUGCAGACGGUGUUCAUGUUCGGCGGCGUGCUGCUGGUCAUCUUCAAGGGCACCGCUGACGUCGGCGGCUUCGGCGUCGUCUGGAGUCGCAACCUCCAGUCGGGACGCAUAGAGCCCCCAGUCUUGGAUCCCGACCCUAAAGUUCGCACAGCGCUGCCCAGCCUCGUGCUCGGAGGUGCAAUACACUGGCUGGCAGUGUCUGGCAUCCACCAGAUGAUGAUACAGCGCUACAUGUCCCUGCCCUCGCUCUCCAAGGCUAACAGAGCUCUGUGCAUCUUCACAGUGGGGUCCAUGUGCCUGGUGCUCAUCUGUUCGUACUGUGGCCUGCUCAUGUACGCCAGGUACUUCGACUGCGACCCACUCACCACCAAGAUGGCCCGUGCCAAGGACCAACUCCUCCCGCUCAUGGUGGCCGACUCGCUGGGCGGUUUCCCGGGACUUCCCGGGCUUUUCGUGGCCAGCGUCUUCAGCGCAGCCCUAAGCUCGUUGUCGACAGCACUCAAUUCGAUGUCGGCCGUGGUGCUGGAAGACUUCUGGAAGGUUUUCUUCCCAUCGCGGCGGCUGUCAGAGCGCCAGACAGACCUGCUGAUGAAGGGUGUUGUGGUGGCGGUGGGUGUCCUCUGCACUGCGCUCGUCUUCGUCGUCGAGAAGAUGGGCUCAGCAGUUCUCCAGAUGGCUAUUUCUCUAGGCUCAAUGUCACAUGGACCAUCAUUGGCACUUUUUACCACUGGGAUGUUCUUUUCAUGGGUCAAUGCCAAGAGUGCCAUUGUGGGUAGCAUGACUGGCAUGGGAAUGAUGGGCUGGUUGGUGAUUGGUGCACAGCUACACCAAGCUCGUGGAAACAUUGGCUUUGCCACCAAGCCACUGAGCACUGAUGGCUGCCUCUACGAAUUUGACCACUCACAGAAUGGCACUGUAGCUGUACCCAGUGACUUUUGCACCAGUGAGGUGUGGGCAGUGUACUGUGUGUCGUACCUUUGGUACACAGCACUGGGCUUGGUGACAUCGGUGACAGUGUCUCUGGUGGCAAGCAUAUUUCUACGCCAGGAUGCCUCCAGACCAGAUGCUCGCCUCAUCAGCCCAUUGGUGCGUCGGUGGCUGCCUCCAGCAUCAAGACCACAGAUUUACAAGGUGGUAGAGAUGGAGACAAUGCCAGCCGUUGAACAGAGAAAAGUGUAUGAUCCUCCAGACAAUGCACUAUCACAAUGAUAAAAAAAAAGAACUGGUUUUCUUGCAGUAUUAAUAUGGGUAUGACCUUUCCCUCGAUAACUGUAAUGUGAAUUUUUAUUUUGAUAUUUCUGCUAAGUGCUUUUAUCCCAGUUACAAUGUACCUUUUCAGAGGCAAUAAUAUGAAGCACCUGUUGUACAAUAUACUGUCUGCAGAGCCAGAAGUGCUGUAUU